GGGCAGCGGCCGCGACGGAGAGGGUUUCCGAGGCCACUGAGCCGCCGACGGGGUGGCCAGUCCGUUGCUGUGCCCUCUAGCAGCCUCUUAGCGCGGCCAGCAUUCCCUGGGCGGCAUCUGGCCGCGGCGCUCAGCCUGUUAGCGAGCUACUGUGGGCACACCCCGGCUUGGCGGCGGACAGGUUAGAGUGGGGGAAGGGGCAGGCGCGGGAGCAGCCCUGGGCCACAGAGGGAGCCCAAAGCCAGGCCGUCUCCAGCCAUGUCCGACGAGACGUCGACCACCACUUCAUACGAGAAGUUUCUAACCCCCGAGGAGCCCUUCCCGCUUCUGGGACCCCCUCGCGGCAUGGGCACCUGCCCGAGCGAGGAGCCAGGCUGCCUGGACAUCAGCGACUUCGGCUGCCAGCUUUCCUCUUGUCAUCGCACGGAUCCACUCCACCGCUUCCACACCAACAGGUGGAAUUUAACUUCUUGUGGAACAAGUGUUGCCAGCUCAGAAUGCAGUGAGGAGCUAUUUUCAUCAGUUUCUGUUGGAGAUCAAGAUGAUUGCUAUUCUCUGUUAGAUGAUCAAGACUUCACUUCUUUUGAUUUAUUCCCUGAGGGGAGUGUCUGCAGUGAUGUCUCUUCUUCUAUUAGCACAUACUGGGAUUGGUCAGAUAGUGAGUUUGAAUGGCAGUUACCAGGCAGUGACAUUGCCAGUGGGAGUGAUGUACUUUCUGAUGUCAUACCCAGUAUUCCGAGUUCACCUUGCCUGCUUCCUAAAAAGAAAAAUAAGCACCGGAAUUUAGAUGAACUUCCUUGGAGUGCAAUGACAAACGAUGAGCAGGUGGAAUAUAUUGAGUAUCUGAGUCGUAAAGUCAGUACAGAGAUGGGUCUUCGGGAGCAACUUGAUAUUAUAAAAAUAAUUGAUCCUUCUGCUCAAAUUUCCCCUACAGACAGUGAGUUUAUUAUUGAACUUAACUGUCUCACAGAUGAAAAACUUAAGCAGGUCAGAAACUAUAUCAAGGAGCAUAGCCCUCGCCAACGGCCUGCAAGAGAGGCCUGGAAGAGAAGCAACUUUAGUUGUGCAAGCACCAGUGGAGUGAGCGGGGCCAGUGCCAGUGCCAGCAGCAGCAGUGCCAGCAUGGUCAGUUCUGCAAGCAGCAGUGGGUCCAGUGUUGGAAACUCUGCUUCAAACUCCAGUGCCAACAUGAGUCGAGCACACAGUGACAGCAACUUGUCUGCAAGUGCAGCAGAGCGGAUUCGGGAUUCAAAAAAGCGAUCCAAGCAGCGGAAGUUACAGCAGAAGGCUUUACGCAAGAGGCAGCUGAAAGAGCAGAGGCAGGCUCGGAAGGAGAGGCUCAGUGGGCUCUUCCUUAAUGAAGAAGUGCUGUCCUUGAAAGUGACUGAGGAAGACCACGAAGCAGAUGUAGAUGUUUUGAUGUAAUAAGGGUGAAUUUAUCAACGGUAUUUCUAAGUAUUUAAGUAUUCUAUCCUUUUAUUUGUUUACAUGCAUCUUGACCAAACUUUUGGUUAGGGCUGUGCUGAUGUAUUAUUAAUAAUUUAGGCCAGUGGUUCUCAGCAGGUGGUCCCCGGACCAGCAGGUUCAGCAUCACCUGAGAAGUUGUUAGAAAUGCAUACUACCAGGCCCCAUUUCAGAUGCAGUGAAUCAGAAACAAUGGGGAAGGGGCGCCCAGCAUUGUGUUUUAACAAGUACCAGGUUAUUCUGCUGCACCCAGCUCUCAUUUAAAGAACCACUAAUUUAGUAAAUGUCUUGACUAUUUAGACUUUAGGGUGGUUUAAGUGGGCUUUUUCAAGAACUAGUACUUUUACAGUUUAGGAAAUUUCAAGGUACUGCUGGCAAGUAGUUUAUUAUGUCAGUAUAGGUACAUACCUAGUGUUCAUAAUUCAGUUUCCUUUUUAAUGUUACAGUUCCUUUGUUUGCUUUUUCUAAAGGGCCAUAGUAUAAUUCUCAAUUCCUAGUGAAAAUCUUUUUUUAAGGUUGUGGGGAUCGGGUGUGGAUUGCUGUUUACAAUAGUGCCUUCAUUAGGUUUAGUUGUGUUUUCAUUUGUUAUUAACUUAAAGGUUUAAUAACAGGCCCUAAUGUCUUUUCUGUUAGGUUUGUUUGUUUUUCACUUUAUGUAAAUUUAGAAUCCUAUUUUAAGUGAUGACUACUGAGGAAAUAAUGUUACUAGUAGUUGAACUUUAGACUUGAUGCUAUAUUAAUAUUCAAAUGGAGAAAGCAAAUAAACAAAACCUAUUCUGC